CCUUCAGAUCCGAUGCCCAAAUCAAACCAAACCAAUCCUCUGAAAAAAAAAAGGAAAGAAAAAGAAAAAAACAACUACGUACGGAGCACCUAACCCAAGCAACCCAACCGGACCCAAACCUGGGUUUGGCUCAAAUAUAUGUUUCUAGGAUUUUAAGACACAAACCAAACGUUGACCGACCCAUUCUCUCACAUCCAAUCGGGUGUACCGAAUCUUCUCUCCCCAUUAUCAACAGAAUCCAUAAAACAAACCCUAACCCUAACCCUGAUCUUCUCGGAUCGUCCGAUCGGACUCUCUCUCACACAACAGAUCGAAGCGAGAAUCAUCUCUCUGCAAUUCACUCUCAGGCUUUGGUUGAUAUUGAACCCAUGUGAUGGAAAUAUCAAAUGAUUCACCUGUUAAGAAACCGAAGAGGUUGACAUCUAUUGUAUGGAAUCACUUUGAAAGGGUUAAAAAGGCUGACAUUUGUUAUGCUGUUUGUGUACAUUGUAAAAAGAAACUUAGUGGAUCAAGUAACAGUGGAACUACUCAUCUGAGAAAUCAUUUGAUACGCUGUCUGAAGAGAUCCAAUUAUGAUGUUUCUCAAAUACUUGCAGCAAAGAGAAAGAGAAAGGAAACCACCCUUGCUGUAGCCACUGUUGUUGACUAUGAGGAGGGGCAAAGAAAAGAGGAGAUCAUUACUCCUUUAAAUAUUAAAUAUGAGCAUGACCAAAAAAAAGAUGAACCCAUCAACCUUGGAACCAUCAACCUUGGAAGUGCAAAGUUUGAUCAAGAGCGUAGUCGACUGGAUCUUGCACGUAUGAUCAUGUUACAUGGUUACCCAUUGGAUAUGGUUGAGCAUGUAGGAUUCAAAAUAUUUGUCAAGAAUCUCCAGCCAUUGUUUGAGAUUAUGACUAAUAGUGCCGUCGAGCUUGACUGUAUGACAAUUUAUGGGAAAGAGAAACAGAAAGUCUAUGAGACAAUACAUGCUUUGCAUGGCAGAAUUAGCCUUGCUGUUGAUAUGUGGGCUUCACCUGAAAAUGCUGGUUAUUUAUGUUUGACAGCAAACUAUGUGGAUGAGGACUGGAAGCUACAGAAGAAGAUACUGAAUUUCAUAACAUUGGAUGUUUCUCACACGGAUGACAUACUUUCAGAAAUUAUUAUCAAAUGUGUGAUGGAUUGGGAUGUUGAUCGGAUGUUGUUUGCCAUGACAUUUGAUGAUUUUUUCACUAACGAUGACAUUGUUUUCAAAAUUAAGGAAUGGUUCUCUCAAAACAAGCCUCUUCUGAAGAAUAGCCAGUUGUUUGAUGUGCGCUGCGCAACACAUGUUCUAAAAUCUAUUGUUUCGGAUGCCAUGGAGGCAGUUCAAGAUGUGACCCACAAAAUUCGAGAAAGUAUUAGAUAUAUUAGAAGUUCACGAGCAACCCAAGGAAAGUUCAAUGAGAUUGCUCAGCAAGUUGGAAUCACUAGUCAGAAGUGCUUAUUUACCGACUGUUCAAUGCGAUGGAAUUCUACAUAUCUCAUGCUUGAAACAGCUUUAGAGUACAGGGGUGCCUUCUCUGUUCUGCAAGAACAUGAUGCCAGCUACACAAUGGCUCUAUCGGAGAGAGAAUGGGAAUGGGCAAAUUCUGUUACUGGCUACAUGAAGCUUUUUGUUGAAGUUACAAAUGUCUUCUCAGGGAACAAAUACCCAACUGCAAAUAUAUAUUUUCCAGAAAUUUGUGACAUUCACGUCCAAUUGAUUGAAUGGUGCAAGAGCCCAGAUGAUUUUGUUAGCUCUAUGGCGUUAAAGAUGAAAUCCAAGUUUGACAAGUAUUGGAGCAAGUGCAAUUUGGCUUUAGCAAUAGCAGCCAUCUUGGAUCCCCGGUUCAAAAUGAAGUUGAUCGAGUAUUACUAUCCCCAAAUUUAUGGCGAUGAUGCCCCAAAUCACAUCAAGGAAGUUUUUGACAGUAUUAAGGAACUUUUUAAUGAGUACUCUGUGUGCUCUACUUCACUUGAUCAAGAUUCAGACAGGCCUGGCAGCAGCUUAUCUAAUACUAGUAAUGGUAUUAGGGAUAGACUAAGGGGCUUCGACAAGUUUCUCCAUGAAACUUCACAAAAUCAAAGCAUAACAUCAGACUUGGACAAAUAUCUAGAGGAACCAGUCUUUCCACGUAAUUACGAUUUCAACAUAUUGAAUUGGUGGAAAGUCCACAUGCCAAGGUACCCCAUCCUAUCAAUGAUUGCACGUGAUGUUUUGGGGAUACCUCUGUCAACUCUUGGACCAGAGAUGGCAUUCAGCACCCGGGGCAGGGUGCUUGAUCAUCAUCGGAGUUCACUUAAUCCAGAUAUCAGAGAAGCUUUGAUAUGUGGGCAAGAUUGGUUGCGGAUGGAAUCAGAAGCAACCAACUGCAACCCAUCCUCAAGCCAUUCAGCUUUGCCUCUUCUCAUGGAGACAAAUUAAUGUUUUCAUGGUACGAAUCUAUUAGUUUUGCCUUUUGCCCCCUCUUCCCAUAAUAUCUCGUAUAUUUGUAUAUUUGCUGAUAUUCUCGUUUUCUUUAUCUUUCGAUUGUCUUCUCAUGCAAGGUAGAUGAUCAGAUCGUAUGAUGGUGUCUGACCCUUUUAAUUUUAGGCAUUGUUCUGAUGCUUUAAAGCUGUUAGAUGAACCUCUGCUUUGCUUGUCCAAAAUUUUCACUUAGACUAGAUGGAUAAUUAUUUUCUUGUUUAUCUUCUUCUUCUUCUUCUUCUUUUUUUUUUUUUUUUUUUUUUUUUUUUUUUUUUUUUUUUUUUUUGGUAAAUGUACAUUUUAGUAACGAUCUUGACGCUUUGUCCGAUGAUACAACUGAAGGAAGCCUCCCUUUCACCAUUUAGAUGCCCCCUGUUGGUAGUGUUUGAUUGUUGAUUUCCAAAUCACAAUGAAACUGGAUUGGUGACGAGCAUUAUUAUUAUUGGUUCAUUUUAUGUUUCCCUUUCC